AUGGACGUCGUCCGCAAGGUGUUCGAUUUUGCCUUGGUCGAGCCGGCGGAGUACGUGCCAUCUGCCGCCGUCAGCGGCACGGCUCUGCACCAGGCCGUGCUCGGCGGACACAACAAGGUUGUGGAGAUCAUGCUGGAGAAGCAGCACGCGGCGCUGCUGGACAUGACCGACCCCAACGGCAACAACGCGCUGCACUACGCGGCGCAGAAGAACAACUCGCACGUGGUGGAGCUGCUGCUCGGCAAGAAGACGCAGCUGGCCUCCAGCCGCAACAAGGAUCAGCAAUACCCGCUGCACAUCGCCGCACAGUACGGCUCGACGGCGGUCAUCAAGGCGCUGCUCCAGCACUGCUCCGAUGUGUCCGAGAUGGAGGACGGCAACGGCCGCAACGCCUUCCACGCCUCCGUCAUCAGCGGCAAGGCGAACGCGCUCAGGUGCCUGCUCCGCCGCGUCCGUCCCGCGGAGCUGCUCAACCACGCCGACAAAAACGGCGACACGCCUCUGCACCUCGCCGCCAAGAUGAGCCACGUCCACUCCGCGCUGAUGCUGCUCAGAGACCGCCGCGUCGACCCCUGCAUCCGCGACCACGACGGCGAGACGGCGCGCAGCCUCGUCGAGAAGAAGCUGCACACCGGCGUGACGGAUGCCCAUGAGAUGUACCUCGAGAAGCAGCUGAAGCGCCAGGAGUCCGCUAGGUGCCGCAAGCAGCAGCUGCCGCCCGUCACCUUCUCCGGCGACAGCAGGACCUCCAGCCACAAGUACUUCGAGCGCAGCGUCGAGACUUACAUCCUCGUGGCCACCCUCAUCGCCACCGUCACGUUCGCCGCCACCUUCACCAUGCCCGGUGGCUAUAACCAGGAGACCGGCAUCGCCAUCCACGGCCACGACACCGCCUUCAAGAUCUUCGUCAUCUCCAACACCGUCGCCAUGUGCAGCGCCAUUGUUGUUGUCUACCGCUUCAUCUGGGCAUGGAAAGAUCCCCUCAAGUUCAAGAUUGACCAGCUCGUGUGUGGCCACAGGCUCACUAUGAUCGCUGGUCUAGGCAUGCUCGUCUCGCUCAUGGCAUCAGUCUACAUCACCGUAUCACACAAAUCACGGUGGCCCGCCUACGUCGUCAUCGCCAUCGGCAUGAGCACCCCGCCCGUCGUCGUCCUCAUGCUCGGCCGGGAUGUGAUUUUCGUCCCGCUGUAG